AUGUCAAUUCAGAAGCUAAACGACACCACCAACUCGGGCUACGUGAGUUCCGAGGAGACGGACUCGCUGCUGGUGAGCAGCUCGAAUCCAUCGAAGGGCGGAGGUCGGACGGCACUGCUCCGCCAGGUGAAGAGUAGCUCCACCAAUGGCCCAACGACGGGGGCGUCCACCUCGUCAUCGGGAUCGGUAUCGGUGUCGGUAUCGGGCGGCGGUGGAUCCGGUUCCGGUGGCGGCUCAGCAUCGGGCUCAGCUGCCGGGGCUUCCAAGCCAACGCUAAUGCGGCAGGAUCGCACUUCCACCUACCUAACCAGUCCGCAGCAGUCGCAGCAUGCGAGGAUGGGUUCCGAGGAGAGUAUGAGAGGUGGCUGCGGAGCCACCGGACACGACGAGGAUGUGGAACAGGGCCUGGUCCGCAGCAGCAUAGUGCCUGAUAUCGAAGUACACGAAGAGGACCAAGAACAACACAGCCAACAGGGAAAAUCAGCAACGAUGACCAAUAACCAACAGCAACUGCAACAGCAACAGCAACAGCAACUGCAACAGCAACCGACCAUAUCAAUUAUGAAUUUAAGCCUCAAGCCCGGCGAUAGUCACAGUCACAGCCACAGCCCCAGUCCGGGCAGUCAUCCGAAUCUGGGCACCUCAUCAUAUCAGAAUCUGGCCUCGAGCAUACCGCCCAGCGUACCAAGUCGCUGCAGGGCGUGCCGCAAUUGCAGUCGACGUGCUUCCACCACGCCCACCACGCUGAUCGAUCGCUCCGCCUCCCGCGACAGUGUGAAAAGUGCCUUCCAGCAGGGCAAUCUCAGCGGCUCCAUGGCCAUUUGCAUAUCGAACUCGGCCCUGCCGCAACAGCAGCAGCAGCAGCAACAGUAUCACCUGCAACAGCAGCACUAUCAGUUGCAGCAGCAUCAUCUGCACCAGCAGCAUCUGCAGCAGCAGCAGCAACAGCAGCAGCAGGUGCCGCCCGUGCUAAUCACAUCGUCGCCAACGAAUGGAUCGCGGAUAAUACGGCAAAGCUCCCAGCCCGAAUCGAGCAGUACGGCCAUUUGCUGUGGACCCCAUUCCGCCUGCGUCGGCCACGCCCACUCGCACUCGCACACGGUACCAAAUGUCUCGCUGAAGCAACUGCGCGAGAGCUCCGGCGAUGGAAUCGCGGGCAUUGCAGCCGACUCCCUGCGGAUCAAUGGGGGCAUGCGGCCCUUUAAGCAGCUCCGCAAACCGGCGUCGACACUCUCAAUUCCUGGCUCGAUGAAAACACCUUCCAUUGCGAACCGGGAACAGAUCUCAUCUGGAUGCAACGAAGAAGCGGCCGAGGCACUAGUGGGUAUCCACUCAGACUACCCUAGGUAUGAAAUGUAUAUGGAAGAACGUGCUCUUACUGGCGGCAAUACGUCCAGGAAGCCAUCAACAAACUCGGCCAAACACAAACCCAAUGUGGGCUAUCGCCUGGGAAAGAGGAAAGCCCUCUUCGAGAAGCGCAAACGGAUCAGCGAUUACGCCCUGGUCAUGGGCAUGUUCGGGAUCAUCGUGAUGGUUAUCGAAAACGAACUGAGCAGUGCCGGUGUCUACACAAAGGCAUCGUUCUACUCGACAGCGUUAAAAACCUUAAUAUCUGUUUCGACUGUGAUUCUUUUAGGACUUAUAGUAGCUUACCAUGCUUUGGAAGUGCAGUUAUUCAUGAUAGAUAACUGCGCCGACGAUUGGAGGAUCGCAAUGACAUGGCAACGAAUUAGUCAAAUAGGGUUAGAACUUUUUAUAUGCGCUAUACAUCCAAUUCCUGGCGAAUACUAUUUCCAGUGGACGACGAAAUUGGCCAAUAAGAAUAAAACAAUUGGCACCGAAAUGGUGCCAUAUGACGUAGCUUUAUCAUUACCUAUGUUCCUUCGAUUAUAUUUAAUCUGCCGCGUAAUGCUGCUGCAUUCAAAGCUAUUCACAGAUGCAUCAUCACGGAGCAUUGGCGCUCUCAAUAGGAUUAAUUUUAACACAAGAUUCGUUUUAAAAACUCUAAUGACAAUAUGCCCGGGAACGGUUCUAUUGGUCUUCAUGGUCUCGCUGUGGAUCAUCGCAUCCUGGACGCUGCGUCAGUGCGAAAGGUUCCACGAUGAGGAGCACGCGAAUUUGCUAAACUCCAUGUGGCUAACGGCCAUCACAUUUCUGUGUGUCGGCUACGGCGACAUUGUGCCAAACACGUACUGUGGACGCGGUAUCACCCUCACCUGCGGCAUGGUGGGCGCCGGCUGUACGGCUCUACUGGUGGCCGUAGUCUCCCGGAAACUGGAGCUGACCCGUGCCGAGAAGCAUGUGCACAACUUCAUGAUGGACACGCAGUUGACCAAACGGCUGAAAAAUGCUGCGGCGAAUGUUCUGCGUGAAACUUGGCUCAUUUACAAACAUACAAGACUAGUAAAACGGGUUAAUCCCGGCCGUGUAAGAACCCACCAAAGAAAGUUCCUUCUAGCUAUAUAUGCGUUGCGAAAAGUUAAAAUGGAUCAGCGCAAACUAAUGGAUAAUGCAAACACAAUAACUGACAUGGCCAAGACACAAAACACGGUCUACGAGAUAAUAUCGGAUAUGUCUAGCCGUCAGGAUGCCAUCGAGGAGCGUUUAACCAACCUAGAGGACAAAAUGCAGAGCAUACAAGAGCACAUGGAAAGCCUUCCAGACCUAUUGUCUCGAUGUCUGACCCAGCACCAGGAGCGGAUCGAGCAGCGGCGGAACUUUUUACAUCCUGACACAGCUGCAGUUGCCCCCAUUCAAGCGCCAACGCCCCAAUCGAUGUUCAAUGCAGCGCCCAUGCUGUUUCCCCAUUCUAGCUGAAUAUCAGAAAGAGAGCGCUCCAACUCCGUGAUUAACAUCGAGAUGCUAACAAUAAGGCCGGAUCGAUCCUGGCCAACCUCAUCCGCACCCCAAAAAUCAACAUCUACAUCAACAUCAGUAUCCACAUCAACAUCAAUGUCUACGUCAAAGUCUAAACCCGAAUUCGAAGUGGCCGAGACAGCGCUGAGGCAACGCGUGCUAUCGCCGUCGUUAUCGGAGUUUCAAUCAAAAUCGCUAUCGAGACCAUUGCCACAAACGCAAGACAACAUUUUGCAGCAGCUCAUUGGGCGGGAAAGGGAGAUGAUACCGAUGAUACCGAUUAUACCGAUCAUACCGAUACCAGUGAUACCCGAAGACGCCGAAUCGUUGGCGAACACCAAUACGAACAGCAAUAGUUCGCCCGAUCAGCAGAAUGUGCCGAUGACCAUAAGUACAGUACCGCCAUCGAGUUCAGCGCCCGCAUUCACAGUGACCGGAAGCGGAAGUGGAAGUGGAAGUUCGGUGGCCGGAACUAGUGGUGGCAUUGUCAAAUCGAUAACGAUGAACGAAACGAUUACGACGGGGAGCGGCAAGCCGAUUGCCUCGAAUAAGUUUACUAGGAAAAGAGAACGUGUAUGCAAUAAUAGUAGUUAAUAGUGGUAGUCAUAGUCAUAGUAAUAAUAGAGGUAAAAGUAAUAUUAGUAAUUCUACAAGUCGAAUUUCGAACUCGGCCUUUUGUAAAUAAGCCUCUUCGAGAUGAGAAAAAAGUCAAAUGUUAGCAUAUACAUAUUAAUAUACAGAAUACACACACACUAUGUAUCUAUAUCUGUAUAUGGAUAUAUAGGCCUACCCACAAAACAUCCAAAAGAAAGAAAAAAAACAAUAAGAGAAAACCAAACAGAAUAUAUGUAUACAUAUAUAUGUAAUUGUGUAACUUUUUUUUCUAAGUUUUAGGCUAUACGUAUUUGUAAUAUUUCACCUUGGGCCAAGGCAGCCUGUACAUGCAUACUAAAAUACUUAACAUAAUAUAGCAUAUAGGCAGUGUAUGUGUGUGUCUGUGUAUGGGAGUGUGCGAAUGCGAGUGUACAGGACCAGAUUGAUUAGGAAGCUAGGUCAUAGUACAUAGAUCAUAGGGCACCAGUAUGUAGAAUCCACGUAUGUAAACGCUCAGAAACAGAAAUAGCAAUAGCAAACCUAAAAGAUCUGGCACCAAAAGUCCAUACCAUUAAAUCCGUACAUCCCUUAAAGGACUGCAACCCCCUGAAAGACUACCCCCAGCACUUCCGCUUCCGGUGCAGCCAACCAACUGCAAGACAUCCACGAACAUGGCAAAUUCUAGUGUCCGUCUGUCCAAAAUCUGUGUGCGAAUAUAUACAUAUAUAUUGUAUCCGUAUCCGAAGGAUGUGUGUCUGACCUGACUGUGUGUGCGAGGCAAGUGAAAGUAAAAGCAUACGAGGAAUCCAUUAAAGCCCCAACAAUUAUACACAAAACGAGCAUAGCAAGGAAAAAGAAAAACGAAAAACAAGAACUAAAUCCCAAAACAAGAACAAUGAAAAACUAUCUAACUAGAAAGUGCAUGUUGCGAGAUUUAGAAAACAGCGAAACCAGAAAACCAAAAACUAAGAGAUAGAAUAAAAGAAGCCCAAUAACCGAGGAUAAACGAAAAAUAAACACACAAGAUGGGAGUUCUUACUUAACAACUACAUACUAUGUAGAUCUGGCUUUAACUAAACUAACGAAACAAGUUUAAAGGAAACAAGUUUGUUGUUGUCUUCUUUUUCUACACAUAUAUUAAAAUAUAUAUAGUAUAUAUACAUACAUAUAUAUUUUCGUUGUUGCUGUUUUUCGCCCAUUCUUUUCUACCAAGAAUUAUGAACUCAAUUAAGAACCUGAUUAGCUUUUGAAGAAAGUUUAAGACGACGAUAUAGUAGCGUAGACUAAACUGAGUUACAAAGAAGAGAAGAAGCAGUCGCAAAACGAACUAUUUAGUAUAGUCUACAUACUAAAGUGAACAAUUUUAAUUGGAAUUUUUGUAACAUAUUAAAGUAAAUCUCAUUAAUAUACAAGCUAGCUGGCAAAUGUGUAACAACGGAACAAACUACAAGCUCCAGAUAGAAAAUAAUAGUACCGAAACGAAAAGAUCGGAAGCGAGUUGAUAGAGCAGAUUAGUGUAGACAUAAUAGCAGAUGUGGCCGAGCUACGUAAACAUUUUCUAAAGAUUCUAAAAGGAACAUUAUAUAUACUAUAUACUUACUAUAAAGUAUUAACUGAGAGCAUCGAAGUUAUUUAAAGUAAAAAAUCAAAGCAAGAAAACAUAAGAAUUAGGUAAUGUGCAACCUUCUAACGCUUUGUUAGGUUUUCAAGUUCCCAAAUUGAAGACAAAUGAGAUAUACAACUGAAUUCCCCAAUUAGUGCCCCCAUCCUCAAGCUCCCCAAAAAUUCCACCCAUCCUCACAGCAACUCCCCAAUUCCCCAGUUAGUGAGACAGACUCUGCAUAUUAUACAGAACCAGGGCCAGAAAGGAUCAAAAUAUCUGUAAACUGUAGAUUAUAUAGCCAUAGGAUGCAGUCCACUUUAAGCCAACUAAGAGUAUCGAAGUUUGACCACAUUGAUUUACCCCACAUCUCCAAGCCCCUGGUCUGAGUUUUGAUUUAUGAAAACGAAACUCCCCUCAACCAAAAAGUUUCCCAAUUGUCUGAUAGGUCUUAACUUAUAUGUAUAUGUACAACUAAAGGCCCAGACAAGUAAAAAAAAAAGUCAAAAGAGAACAAGGAACAAGAAACAAACUAAAUGAACCCUUAAACAAAUGUGUGUAUACCUAUUUAUAAUAUUGAAUAUUUAAAUUGAAAUGAACGUUCAAGACUGCUGUCAAAAUAGCUUUAUCACAAUAAAUAACAAAGAUCUACACAAGACGAUAACACACCAAACACAACAGAACCGAACAGAACAGAACAGAUCAGAGCAAUACUAAGGAUAUCAAUAAAUAUCGAUUAUCGAAUCGGAAGCGAUUAUCGAACCGGAAACACACAGCAACACACAGAUUCAGAUACGAGAUAUGGAAUGCGGCCAGCUUUAACGUUAUGUAUUUAUGCAUAUUUGGGUUUCAACUCUACAACAACCUAAAACGAAUACGCAGGAUGAUACUGAAAUUGAUCGAUAUACAAUUAACGAUAUACGGAGUCCAAUCAAAUCAAAUCGAAUUGAAUUGUAUUGAAUUGAAUUGAGUAAUUGGUGCAAGAUCAAAUUCCCGUUUGAACUGGUUUCCUAAGCCCCACAAAAAUACCUUUAAACAGAAGAUAAAAACCAAAAACUUUGAUAUGAGGGACCGAAUUUCCAAAGACAGGUCUUUAUUAUACAAAAUACCGAAGCAAAAGCAAACCAACUAACAAAGAAUUCCUAAGUAACAACAUUAAACAUUAACGAUUUAUAAUACGCAAGAUUUUAAACCGCCUUAGAGCUGGGUU